AUGGCCUCCUUCAAGAGCGCACUGCCUGCACACUUGAACCCGAAAUCUGCCCUUGGCAAUGGGGACCCCAAUGCCGAGUUCGCGAGAAAGCACCAUGGCAAAACCCAAUCGCACAUGGCUUUCGAGAACACAUCCACAUCUGUAGCUGCGAGCCAGAUGCGAAAUGCCCUCAACCAACUCGCUGAUACUGUCAAAGACCCAGAAGAGAAGAAGCUCUUUGAGACAGAGAUGGACAACUUCUUUGCCCUGUUCCGAAGAUACUUGAAUGACAAGGCGAAGGGAAACACACUUGACUGGGAGCGCAUUGCACCACCCGCACCAAACCAGGUUGUUGACUACAACGAGCUCGCCAACUCCGAAUCCGUCGGUUUCUUGAACAAGCUCGCUGUUCUUAAGCUCAACGGUGGUCUCGGUACUUCCAUGGGCUGCGUUGGUCCCAAGUCCGUUAUCGAAGUCCGUGACGGCAUGUCCUUCCUCGAUCUCUCAGUCCGACAAAUCGAGUACCUCAACCGCACAUAUGAUGUCAAUGUCCCGUUCAUCCUCAUGAACUCGUUCAACACUGAUGACGAUACCCAAAACAUUAUCAAGAAGUACGAGGGCCACAACAUAGAUAUUUUGACCUUCAAUCAAUCCCGAUACCCAAGAAUCCUGAAGGAUUCUAUGCUGCCAGCACCAAAGUCGUUCAACUCUCCCAUCUCCGAUUGGUACCCUCCCGGACACGGAGAUGUUUUUGAGUCACUUUACAACUCUGGCAUUCUCGACAAGCUCAUUGAGCGAGGCGUUGAGAUCCUUUUCCUUUCCAACGUUGAUAACUUGGGUGCUGUUGUUGAUCUCCGAAUCUUGCAACACAUGGUUGAGACCGAGGCCGAGUAUAUCAUGGAAUUGACCGAUAAGACCAAGGCCGAUGUCAAGGGUGGCACCAUCAUUGACUACGAAGGAUCUGUCCGCCUUCUCGAAAUCGCUCAAGUGCCAAAGGAGCACGUCAACGAGUUCAAGUCGAUCAAGAAGUUCAAGUACUUCAAUACCAACAACAUUUGGCUGAACUUGAAGGCUGUUAAGCGAAUUGUUGAAAACAGCGAGCUCGAGAUGGAGAUCAUCCCCAAUAACAAGUCUAUUCCAGCCGACAAGAAGGGCGAGUCAGAUAUCUCCAUCGUCCAACUCGAGACUGCUGUCGGAGCUGCCGUCCGUCACUUCCACAACGCACACGGUGUUAACGUUCCCCGAAGACGCUUCUUACCUGUCAAGACCUGCUCUGAUUUGAUGCUGGUGAAGUCAGAUUUGUACUCAUUGAAGCACGGCCAACUCCAAAUUGACCCCAACCGCUUCGGCCCAGCUCCGCUCAUCAAGCUCGGCAACGACUUCAAGAAGGUCUCGGACUUCCAAAAGCGCAUCGGCAGCAUCCCCAAGAUCAUCGAGCUUGAUCAUUUGACCAUUACCGGAGCUGUCAACCUCGGCCGGGGCGUCACACUCAAAGGCACCGUCAUUAUCGUCGCCACAGAAGGCAGCACCAUUGAUAUUCCUCCAGGAUCCAUUCUGGAGAAUGUCGUGGUCCAAGGUUCCUUGCGAUUGUUGGAGCAUUAA